UGGCUCUACACGCCGACAGAGGGAUCACGAGAACCUUUAAUGAUCUCUUUAUUCUGAAUUCACUGCCACCUUUUGUCAUCUCAUCUCAUCAACCCUUCUCUCCUUUCCAAACCCAAUCUUUUCCACCACAACACCACCACCUUCCACCACCCAUCAUCACAAUCACCACAAAUUUCUUUUUAAAGUUUAGGUGUGUCUACUUCUUUAAAUACAAAACUUAAUAUUUAUUUUUCUACUACUACUAACACUGUCUAGUGUCAGAAUUGGACAUCUCAAAACUCAAUUAUUAAUCACACAAUAUAGACCCUCAAAAUUAAGGCCUGCUCUUUUUUAAAGCUAUCUUUAGUGAAACAGAUGGGUUAGUCUACUUAUAAGUUUUUUUAGGCUGGUCUACAUUUUUAGGCCUUAUUAAUUACUUGUAUCUUGUUAUUUUAUGGCAUUUGAUUUAUUGCCAACAAAAUGAAAGUCCAUUUUGGGGUAGACACUCUUUUCUAUAUUAUGCCAAAAGUUAAUCUUCUACAUUUUUAUUUUUACUACCAGUGUCACAUUUCAUAUUAAAAUCUUCAAUUAUCAAAUUUUUGUUGUUGUUGUUGUUGUUGAGCUUUUAUCUUUUGUUACAAAAAGUGUCACACUCUGGAUUCUCCAAAAAACCAUCUUUAUUUUCAAGAAAACGAGAAUGAUAAGUUAUCCGGCCACCGUUUGUUUCACGGCGGAGUAAGUGCGCCGCCGCAAAUGAAGCGGUCAAAGGUUACUGGCGGUGAAAUAGUGGAAGUUAACGGUGGUCAUAUUGUACGGUCAAUUAACCGGAAAGAUAGACACAGUAAGGUUUGUACCUCAAAAGGACCAAGAGACCGCCGUGUACGGCUGUCAGCACACACUGCUAUUCAGUUCUAUGAUGUGCAAGAUCGUUUGGGGUAUGACCGCCCAAGCAAAGCUGUUGAUUGGUUGAUAAAAAAAGCAAAAUCCGCCAUUGAUGAGCUUGCUGAGCUUCCGGCAUGGAAACCAACCGCCACCGUAAACUCAUCAAGAUUGAAUUUUGAGCACACCCCAGAUCAGGAAAAUGAAGAUAAUGAAAUGGGUGUUGAUCAGAAUUCGAGUUUUUUGCCCGGUUCUUUGGAUUCCGAUGCAAUUUCUGAUACUAUUAAGUCUUUUUUCCCGAUGGGUACUGGGUCAACGCCGGUCAACGUUGAGUCUCCGGCAAUGGGGUUUCACCGGAGUUACCCACCCCCGGAAUAUUUAAGACUUAGGUUGGCCGGAGAGAAUGGUGGGUUAAGUUGGCCGGAAAGAAUGGUGGGUUGGGGUGGUGGGAAUGGAAGUGGAAAUGGAAAUGGAAAUGGAGAUACAAAUGACGCCGUUUCGGGUGGGUUUUUGUUUAGUUCACCGGUGGCACAAACGACACCGUUUCAGCAAAUGUUGUUUGGUCAAACAAUGAGUAAUCAUAUGUUUAGUAACAAUUCACAAAGGGAACCCCUUCAGUCCAGUAACACACCUUCCAUUCGUGCUUGGAUGGACCCACCAACGUAUCCCGGAGCUACCAUUGAUCACCCCGGGUUUAGCUCCGGGUUUGGUGGGUUUCCAGGGUUUAUGUUUCCGACACGAAUAGAAGGUGAGCAAGAAGAACCCGACGGUUUAUCCAUGUCGGAUAAACUGUCAUCCGGUUCCUCUGAUUCUCGCCAUUGAUUGGUCUUGGAUUCGCAUAAUCUUCUCUUAGAUAAGGAUCGAUUGCUGUUUCAGCGAAAGCAAAAGAAUGAGAAGAUUAAAUUUCGCAUAACUGAGUCCACUGCCGUUGCUACAUAGCUUCAAGAUUUAGCUUUUAUGUUAGUAUUAACUAUUAUGUUUUCGAACUCAAUUAUCUGUCCUGUUUUUAGUUAAUGUAUGUUGGUUGGGUUGGGUUGAAAUUCAUACCUAGGUAAAACCGGGGAAUUAGUGUGAUUGAAAAUGUGUUUAACUAUUUUUGUUUAUGCCCAACACAAAUUUAGUGUUUCUUUGGUUGAUUAAAGUUGAUGUGAUUAAGUGGGGUUAUCCACUUACCCUUAAUUCAA